UAACUUGUCCGAUUUGCUUCUUUUUUUAGUCAGCUUUAAAAAUGCACAUGCGUGAUCGGAAACCGCGGCAUGUAUGAGGCAGAAAGUAAACAAUCGGCAACCAAGGAUGUUUUCUGGUCGAAAUUUGAGCCAGAAACAAAGAACAAUAGAGAUGCCGUUGUACCAGGGGUGACGGCGCCAGGAAAUCGUCGUCCACACAAACCCAGGAAAAUGAAGUCUAACAAUAACAAGACCGGGCAUAAAACCACCGAGGUCAAGGCCACCAUUCCUGUCAGGUCGCCGGUCAAGGUCAUGAACCUGUCAGCUGACACUGCAACAAUAACGCAAGAUCUGACAGUGGAGAGUCUUUUGGAGAACCCCAAGAAGCAGCUGUCGGGCUCCAAGAAAGUCUCACUCAAAGACCUGUGUGCCGAGGACAAGAAGAGAGUGGCCAACCUGAUCAAAGAGCUGGCUAAGAUGGGGGAUGAGAAGGAGGCAGUGAUGGGUCAACUACAGACAGAGCGGCGACAGUACGAAAAACAGGUGGUACAACUGGUCAAUCAGCAGGAACAGAUUUUGACAGAGAGAGAAGACAUCCAGAGCAAGCUGUUCCAAUGUCAGGAGCUGCUGACCCGCUACAGGGACCAGUUAAUGGAGAGGGAGGACCAGCUUAAUACUUCCAUUACAGAGAUGGUCAACAAAAAGGAAGGUCAGCGGGGGAGAAGUGGGUCAGUAGAUGAAAUCUCCGACGGCAAACGAAGGUCAAAUCAACGUCAAACAGAGAACAAGGAAAACCAACACACAGGCAGUAAGGAGCUCCACCAGCGAUACAUAGAGGCAGAGGCAACGAAGGACCGCCUCCGGCGACCUUUCACCUCGAUGAUUGACAAGGAGAUUGCCAAGAGAAGGCAGACAGAGGACGGGGGUCUGAGUACAAUCGUGGCGUCUGAGUCGUCCACCACCACGCCCCCGAGACAUGGGGGAGGAGGGAGGGUGGAGUACAGUGACCUUAUCCCAGUCAUUCAAGCGUUUAGAGACCCAAUCAUGUCAAGCACGCAGAAGAGUACUGACAUUAGGGCGUACGUGGAUGAAGAUUCGCCUCGAGGCGAGUUCCAUUGUCUGGAACCUGAUGCUAGUCCGAGGUCCUCCAGGGCCUCAUUUCCGUCCAAUUCCCCCCGAGGUCAAAGGUCAUCAUCACCUAUUGGUCAACAAGCAAGGGGAAACAAUAAGGUGGGGUUCAAAGAGAAACUUGCUGUUGGACACGACGAACUUCCGAAACAGUUAGAGAGGGACAAAGAGGGUCCCGGGAACAAAGAGUUCCAACAGAAAUACAAGAAACUGACGCCCACGGAACGUAAGCAAGAGCUGUUGAGACAGAGGGAGACGCUGCUAGAAGAACAAAACAGACUGAGGAGGAUCCUGAUGGAGCAGGAGGCACAACUAAAGCGGAAACAGGACCUGAUAGACAGGCGACGGUCAAAUCAACGGGCCAGGAUGGACUAUCUGGAGAGGAACGGAGAGUUUCCGAAGGAUCCGGAUGAUAAUGACGCAGGAAGUGUGUUCAGUGUUCCGGAUACAGGGAGUGAGUGUGAGGGGCGGGUGGAGAGACUGGACCUAGAGAGGUGUUUCAGUGAGGAGGAGAUUCACAGAGUCGGUGAUAGACAGGAAGUCCACCGGGGAGUUACAGGUGCUACAAGAAGUGCUCCUAAAGCAGAGACAAGGGCAGAAACCAAAAUACAAGAUAAGUACACCAGAGGUACCUCACCAAUCCAGCUGGAGUCUGAACAAGUGGACUCCGCCCCCUCUACCCCACGAUUAAUUGAUGCUGCAACAAGUUAUUCUAAAAGGUUGGAUCGUUCCAUAGAGGAGGUGGUGGAAGAUGGAAUCCUGAACACCCCUACAAGGAAAAUGGAUGCAGCCACAAGUUAUUCUAGGAGGCUGGAUCGUUCCAUUGAGGAGGUGGUGGAAGAUGGUAUCCUGAACACUCCUACCAGGAAAAUGGAUGCAGCCACCAGCUACUCCCGCAGAAGUCCACGUUCACCACUGCCAGAUCCAGAAUUCAUGGAAUUACCACGACAGAAUAACCUCCCCUUACAAGUGAACCGCCAGAGGGCACCAAAGUCACCACCUCAGAGACUGUCGUCCACACCAGGAGAGAAAACCCUGUCUGUGGUGGAAAUAGUCAACUCCCUGGAGGAAGAACCCACGACACGCCCCUCCUCUCUCAGAUCCCCAGCACAAAGGGACGUCCCUCCGGUCAGAUCAAGGCCAGCAACUGUGGGGGGAACAGCAAAGAUCCUUUCAAGUGCUGGAAGGGGGUGCCCCACAGGGAACGUGUUCGGAAUUCCUCCACACAAGGACCAGUUUAGUGAGGAACUAGCUGAGGAGACAGCGGAAGAAAGUUCUCUUCUUGAAGACAUUUUCUUCUUGUGAUGUUGUGAUAAACAUUUACUGUGGAAUCUUUAAAAUUUGUGGAGGUUAAUUUUCAUGGAUUACUUAAAUUUUACUGGUUCGUGGGGACGUAAUUUUAUGUAUUCUCUUAUACCUUCAAAAAGAAAUAUUACUUUAAUUAUAAAACUAAUUUAUUAAUCCGUGGACGAGAGAUACCAACGAAUUCCACGAAAAUUGAGCCAAUGAUUCCACAGUAUUUGAUACAAUGCAUUUACAGUUACAUGUGGUUAGUGGUAGACUCCGUUAGUCAAUAUGGCUGAUACCUGUGUCAUACUUUCCAUGUGAUUAUAUCAUACAAGUUAGUCACCAUUGAACAUGUGUCAACAUUUGUAUGGUUGUACAUGUGCAAGUUUCAAAUGGAACAAAAAUAUGUGCCAACCAUUAAAUGAAUGUGUAAGCUUUAGAUCAAACAAAAAUAUGAAAAUUCUCCACCGCUGGACGUCGUCUUGUUAUUAAGAUGCAUCAGUGUACAAUGUAUUGAUAGUUACAUGUAACAAUGUCCAUUUGGAUGAUACAUGUGUCAUACAUUGUGUAAUAACUUUUCAUGUGACUUCGGCAUGUAGCCCUACAGCAACAUUUUAAGUGAUCAGGCUGCAAGUUUCAGAUCAGACAUGAAUAUGAAACUUCUCUACUGGUGAAUCAUCUUCUUUUAUGGACAUGCAUAUUUAUAGUUGGAUGUAAUUAACAAUAUACUGCAGUACAACAAUAUCCCAAAAUUACUGAUAUAUGUGUGUCAUACUUUGCGUAAAAUCUUUUUCAUUUGACUGUAGUAUGUACAUGUACUUUACCAUUUUACAUCUUACAACAUUCCAAGAGAAGGUGACAUGCAAUUUUCUAUUAAAACAUGAAUGUGACCACAGAAUGUACACUACCGAAUACGACAUUUAACCACAUGACAGUAAUAGGUGUAUGUUGCAAUUGAAAUAUUACAUUUACUUAUUACAGUACAUGUACAUAACUGAACGAUAUAUUUCUUGAGGGUAUUAUAUAGCAAUCCUUGCGUUAAAAUAUUUAUUGUUUCUGAUACGUUCUAGUUACUUUAUAAUUGUAAAUGGUACAUAGUCAAAACGUACAUUUAAAACCUGACCAAUUUAUAUUGAGAAUUUCAAUAACUUGAUAUCCAUUUUUCUAUAUGGAUAUAUAUUAAAUGCUAUUAGAAGAAUCAAGAGAUUUUAGUGUUGUAUUAUAUUUAGAUAUCAUUUGUACAACAUGUUUCCAUAAAUCUGGUCUACUUAUCAUAUUUCUAAUGUACUGUGGAAUUCUUUAGUAUUAAAAUAUAUUGCAUUAAGUUUAUUGUUCUUUUA